AUGGUCAAAGCAGUAAAAGGUGUCUUAUUAGAGUGUGAUAGCACAGUGAAACAAAUCGUACUCAACUUGAACAAAAGAGGCAAUUUUAUAAUUGAAGACUUGGACGAAACACACUUAUUUAUCGAAUCUUCCUGGGUAGACCAAUUGAAAUACGAACUCGAUAAGAUCUUGGACGAAAACUCUUAUACCGUCUCUGCUGUAGAAGACAACAAAAAGUUUUAA